AUGGCCAAUGUCACCAUGAAACAGUCGGCUGAGCUUGACGCCAUAAUGUCUCUCCCUGGCAGGUAUGAAAUUAUAUCCCUAAUCUGGGCUUUCCUCCUCGACCCAGCGCUGCAAGGAGCUACCGAGUUGAAGGUGUACUUAGUUGGUGGUCAAGGGCAGGUGGUUGGGGAUCCAAAAUAUUUCAGAGUUCAGAUUUCUUAUUACUUACCCUUAGUGGGGUUUCUGGGUUUUAAUUCAAUUGGGUUUUUUCCUGCACUGAUGGCACCUUUGAGAGGAAACAAAAAGAAAAGGAAGGUCGAGAAUAAGGAUGAAGAAAACUCUUUGGUUUCUGGGUCUUCAGAAGACGGCUCUUCUAGCUGGUGGAAUGCUUUCUCAAAGAAAAUUUCUGGUAGUCCAUCUCAAUCAAAGGGAUUGGAUAAGUUCAAAUCUACUUUCCAAAUGUCAAGAAACACAUUCGACUAUAUAUGUUCCCUGGUAAAAGAUCACAUGAUGGCCAAAACACAUUUUUCUUUUUCAAAUGGAAAGCCAUUGUCAUUACGUGACCAGGUAGCUUUAGCUUUGAGAAGGCUAUCUUCAGGAAAUUCGCUAAUCUCAAUUGGUGACUUGUUUGGGGCACACCAUUCAACAGUGUCUCAAGUGACGUGGCGUUUUAUCGAGGCCAUUGAAGAAAAUGGACUUCACCACCUCCGCUGGCCUUCUACUGAACGAGAAAUGGCCGAGAUUAAAACCAAGUUUGAAAAAAUCCGAGGCCUUCCAAAUUGUUGCGGCGCGAUUGAUACCACACACAUAAAGAUGAUGUUAACAUCAUCUGAUCAGGGAGCUGACACGUGGCUUGAUCGCAAGGAGAAUCACAGCAUGAUCCUGCAGGUGAUUGUGGACUCUGAUUUGAGGUUCCGGGACAUAGUCACAGGAUGGCCAGGAAAGAUGAACGAUUACUCAGUUCUCCAGAGCUCAAAUUUCUUCAAACUAUGUGAGAAAGGAGAGAGGUUGAACGUGGAGAAACUAACUUUGUUAGAACAAACUGGAGUUGGGGAAUAUAUAAUCGGUGAUACUGGGUAUCCAUUGCUGCCUUGGCUAGUGACUCCUUAUCAAGGUAAACAACUUUCAGAAUCCAAAGUCGAGUUCAAUGAGAGACUUUUUGCAACUCACAUUGUUGCAAAGAGGGCAUUGGCAAGGCUGAAGGAAGGAUGGAAAAUGAUUCAAGGAGAUAUGUGGAGACCUGACAAGCACAAGUUACCGAGGUUUAUUUUCGUAUGCUGCAUUCUCCACAAUAUUGUUAUAGACAUGGAAGAUGAGGAUUCAGAUGAGGGGCCUUCGUCUCACCAUCACGAUCCUGGAUAUCGUGACGAGGUUUGUGAAUUUGUUGACGAGUCUGCUUCGAAUUUGAGGGACAAGCUAUCUAUGCAUUUAUCUGGGAGUCUGCAUUCUUAA